AUGGACUCAGAUACCGCUGCAUUGGCACCAGAUGCACUUUUCUCAGAUCGUGUCCGUCGGUUUCAGGAGUUUUUAGAUACCUUUACGAGUUAUAGAGAUACUGUACGUGCAUUACAAUUGACACAAGAUGAUAAUGAAGGACCACUACAUCAACGUGUUACGAUUUCCUUAGACGAAUUAAGAGAGUUUGAUAGAAGUUAUUGGUCAGGUAUACUCAAUAAUCCUGCUCAAUUUAUACCACCUGCUGAAAGGGCAUUAACGGAAUUAGCACAAUCGAUUGGUGAUUUACCUUCUUCACAUAGAGCAAGAACGGCACCAGUAGCUCAAAGACCAUGGAAAAUUUCAUUCAAAGGUUCAUUUGGUUCUCACAGUCUUUCACCAAGAACUUUGACUUCACAUCACUUGAACAAAUUAAUUUCAUUACAAGGUAUCGUUACUAGAACAUCAUUGGUUCGACCAAAAAUUUUGAGAUCAGUUCAUUUUGCUGAAAAGACAGGUAGAUUUCAUUACAGAGAUUAUACGGAUUCGACAACAACGUUAACCACCAGAAUUCCUACACCUGCAAUUUAUCCGACAGAGGACCAAGAGGGUAACAAGUUAACCACAGAAUAUGGAUACUGUACAUAUAUGGAUCAUCAGCGUGUGUCUGUGCAAGAGAUGCCGGAGUCAGCGCCUGCUGGUCAACUGCCUCGCUCAAUCGACGUAAUUCUUGAUGAUGAUUUGGUUGAUAAGACGAAACCAGGUGAUAGAAUUCAAAUUGUUGGUGUCUUCAAAUCAAUGGGGGCAGGUGGUCUUACGCAGAAUGACUCUGGAAAUCUUGGUGGGUUUAGAACUUUAAUUGUUGGUAACACGGUUUAUCCAUUGCAUGCAAGAUCAACAGGUGUUUCAGCUACACAAACUCUAACAGAUUCUGAUAUUAGAAAUAUUAACAAGUUAUCGAAAAGGGCUGAUAUUUUCGAUAUCUUAUCACAAUCUUUAGCUCCCUCGAUUUUUGGCCAUGAAUACGUUAAACGUGCAGUUUUACUCAUGCUGCUGGGCGGUGUGGAAAAAAAUUUAGAUAAUGGUUCACAUUUAAGAGGUGAUAUUAAUAUUUUAAUGGUUGGUGAUCCUUCUACAGCCAAAUCUCAGAUGUUAAGAUUCGUUCUUAAUACUGCACCUUUAGCCAUUGCUACCACUGGUAGAGGUUCAUCUGGUGUUGGUUUAACAGCGGCCGUUAAUACCGAUAGAGAAACUGGUGAGCGUCGCUUGGAAGCAGGUGCAAUGGUUCUUGCCGAUAGAGGUAUUGUUUGUAUUGAUGAAUUUGAUAAAAUGUCAGAUGUCGAUAGAGUUGCCAUUCAUGAAGUCAUGGAACAACAAACAGUAACAAUUGCUAAAGCCGGUAUCCAUACUACUUUAAAUGCUCGUUGUAGUGUGAUAGCAGCUGCUAACCCACUUUAUGGACAAUAUGAUGUCAAUAGAGAUCCUCAUCAAAAUAUUGCUCUGCCAGAUUCGUUAUUAUCACGUUUUGAUCUUUUAUUCGUAGUUACAGAUGAUAUUAAUGAAAUCAAGGACAGAUCUAUCAGUGAGCACGUUUUAAGAACUCAUAGGUAUUUACCCCCAGGUUAUCUAGAAGGUGAGCCAAUUCGUGAAUCACUCAACCUGUCCUUAUCCGUGGGUACACAGGAAGAAGAUGAAGCUGGUCAAGAUGCUGUGAACUCGGGAAACACUAAUGAAGAUGAAGAUGAAGAGGAACACGUCUUUGAAAAAUUCAACCCACUAUUGCAAGGUGCAGCCGGUGCAGCAAGAGCCGCAGCCGGUGGUGGUAUAGUAAAACCAAUUGUGACAAUCCCAUUUCUUCGCAAAUACAUACAAUACGCUAAAGAAAGAAUUGUACCACAGUUAACCCAAGAGGCUAUUGACGUGAUUGUACGAAAUUAUAGCGAUCUAAGAAAUGACCAAAAUACGAAGAAGAGUCCAAUCACAGCGAGAACUUUAGAAACGUUAAUUCGUCUUUCCACUUCACAUGCUAAAGUAAGAUUGUCUAAGACGGUGAACAAAAGGGAUGCAAUAAUCGCUGCUAAACUUCUAAGGUUUUCCUUAUUAGGUGAAGAUGUUGGUAGUGAUCUUUACGAUCUGGACGAUAGCGAAGACGAUAUUACACUCAAAAGAUCUCCACAUAAAUCACCAAAGAAAAGACAAAGAGUCAGAGGUACCCCCUCUAAACCAUCUACCCCAUCAAAACCAAUACCCGAGAAUCUUGCAGAGACACCCAUUCGAAGGAAGCUGCAGUUUGAUCCCGUUUCAGGAGAGCAAAGUCAUCAACAGCAAUAUGAAGAAGGUGAUGGUACGAACGAUAGUGAUAACGAUUAUGAUGAGGUUAUGUCUCCGUUGCCAUCUGAUGAAGAACAUGAUUUACAGGAUAGAUUACAGCGUGGGUUAAGAGUAUCGCCUAGACGCAGACGACAAGUAUCUAGUACUGGCGAUGCUCCUCCUCCUACCACUACAACUGGUCCACUGUCAGAAGUGCACGGAGCUCCAAGAAUACCAAAUCUACCUCCAACUAGUCAUGAGGAAUAUGAACCUCAGGAAAGAACUAUAUCCUAUGAAAACGUUGCUCCGGGUACAAUUUCUACAGGUAGAUUAUCGCUCAUUUCGGGUAUUGUCGCCAGAAUUAUGCAAUCACCAAUUUAUGAGGAUGAAUGCUAUCCAUUAGCGGCUCUCUUGGACAGAAUUAACGAACAAGUUCCUGAUGAAGAUGAAUUUUCGUUCCCAGAAUAUCUGGCAGCUUUAGAGGUCAUGGAAAAGAGAAAUAAUUUGAUGGUAGCAGGUGAUAAGGUCUGGAGAGUGUCUUGA